AGAAUCUAUUCAUUAGUGGUGGUGGACUACCUUUGAACUUGAAGUACAGGAAGCUCCAAUAUAUAAAUCAGAUUUAUCUUACUGUAUGAGGUAAAUGGGAAGAUAUUUUUCUCAUUCUGGAUUGAGUUACAUGUAGGGAUUGUAAAUUAUAGUCUGCAAUAGAAAACAUGGCAGACCGAAAAGCAGUGAAAAUGGUAAGUGGUCAACCGGACUUUCUGCAGUUUAAUAACCUGGCCUGUGAGACAGCUGGAGGAAAAGUUAUUUUUGCUACAGACGAAUGGUUUGCACCAGCUAGCAAUCUUUUGAAGAGAGAGCCACCAGAGUUCAUAGCGUCUGCAUUCACUGAGUACGGAAAAUGGAUGGAUGGCUGGGAGACAAGAAGGAAAAGAAUACCUGGUCAUGACUGGUGCAUCAUCCAGCUGGGUGUACCUGGCAUCAUACAUGGCCUGGAUGUGGACACAUCCUUCUUUACUGGAAACUACUCGCCCUCUGCCUCUCUUCAGGCUGCAAGUCUGGAGGAGGACCCAGCAUUGACCCUGGAGGGAGACCGCACUGGCAUGGCUGCUUCCGAGAGUCAGUUUGAAGCAGUUGCUAAGUUGCACUCUGAGUCGUGGGAGGAGCUUGUUCCUGUGACAGAUCUGAAACCUGGAUACUCUGACACCUGUCAUAACUACUUCCCAAUCACCUACCCCAGCAGAGUCACCCACCUGCGACUCAACAUGUACCCAGAUGGGGGGAUUGCUAGACUGAAGGUCUAUGGCGUUGGGCAGAAAGACUGGUCUGCCAUGCCCACACAGGACCAGGUGGACCUGGUGGCGCUGGUCAAUGGUGGGGUCUGUCUGGGCUACAGCGAUGCCCACUUUGGCCACCCACGGAAUAUGAUUGGUUUGGGAAGAUCUGCAAACAUGGCUGAUGGAUGGGAGACAGCCCGUCGACUAGACAGACCCAAAAACCUACAGGUGGAUGGGAAGGGCAUCCUACAGGUACCAGGUUAUGAGUGGGCCGUUCUCAGACUGGGGCAUCCCGGAGUCAUCAGCCAAAUUGAGAUAGACACCAACCACUUCAAAGGAAACUUCCCAGACUCCUGUAAGAUGGAAGCGUGCUAUCUGACCCCCGAGGAGGAGGGGAAGUAUGUGAGUGGCAGGUGGAGCAGCGAUCCGGGAAACAAAUGGCGGGUGCUUCUGCACCCUCAGAAACUCGAGGCCCAUCACAGGCACAUUUACUCAUGUGACUCGCUGCCGCUGUCUGGGCCGGUCAGUCACGUGCGUCUAGUCAUCGCCCCAGAUGGAGGGGUCAGCAGACUAAGACUCUGGGGACGUCCGACUUCCACAAGACACACCUCCAAACUGUGAUGCUGAGUUGUGGUGAGCUCAUUGUGGAAAUGAAUUGUCUGAGUGUAACAUGUAGUCUACUGUACGCUACAUUUGAUGCUUAAAAAUAAACAUUCAUCUGAAAAGAUA